AUGAAUUAAGAAGUGGAAAACAAAGAAACUAAGGAAUAGAGAGAGUAAAUUGAAUAAGAAUCUGAUGACAAUGAGAAGAAUGACAAAAAAGAAUAGACCUAAUAGUAGGAGUAGAAAAAGAAGAAGAAGAAAAAUAAAAAGAAGAAGAAAUGGGGAGAAGAAGGUAUUUAGAAAUAACAAAAAAAUUAGAAGAAAUUAUGACUGAUUUUGAUGAUGAUUGGUAGAACAAAGUUAAGACAUCUAAGAUAUUACAAGACCCUGAUCUGCCUUAGCAUAUUAAAGAAAAAUAUGCCAUUUAUGAAAAUAAUCCAUACAUGAUGAUAAUAUCGAAUGUGCCUCUGAAUGUGUAACUGAAAGAAUUGGAGGAAUACUUUAAUACUCUCAUCACAUCUCUUGAUCCCAAAAUCAGUAUUAAUAAAUUAUAUAUAAGCCGAAAGACCCAUUAAGGCUAUUGAAUAUGGGGCAACAAAGUCUUGGGUAGUAUUGGAAUGCAGUUCCAAAGAAGCUAAAAGGGCAUUGGUGACUUAGGAUUAGGUUUAAUUCGUGAAUAAUUGCAAAAUAAAAGUAGAAAGACCAAGAAAAUUUCUAGAAAGGAUAUUAAAUCCAUAGGCUAAGGAGGGGGAAUUAAAUGCUGAUCAAAAACAGGAAGACAAUACAAGAUUGUAUUUGGGAGGGUUACCUACUUAUCUGAGAGAUGAGGAUGUGAUGAAACUCAUACAAUCCUUUGGAUCAACUAAGUACUUUAAUUUAGUCAAAGACACUACAUCUAAUACAGAGAUUUCAAAAGGAUAUUGUUUUUUUGAGUAUGAAAAAAGUGUCUCAACUGCAAAGGCUUUAAAGGCACUUAACAAUUUGUAAAUUGGAGACAAGAAAUUGAAGAUAUGCAAAGUUCAAGGAGAACCCUAAUAAAAUAAGAAAAUUAAUGGAAGAGAUUAGCCUUCUAAUUAUGCUGGUUCAUUUUUGGCUUCCUGUGAUUUGUUGCGAAUGCCAUAAGUGUAAUAGAUGCUAACGAUCCCUUAGUCUGCAUUGAUUCCAAGCAAGGUUGUGCAAUUCUUGAAUAUGGUAUUGAUUAAAUGAUAAUAUCAAAAGUGCUCAAUUGAAGAUCUGUAUGAAGAUGAUAUAUAUGAAGAAUUGAUGGAGGACAUUAGAAGUGAAUGUAUACGUUUUGGUUAAAUAGAGAAGAUAGAAAUACCAAGGCCAGACAAAGAAUCAGGGUAAGAUAUAAUAAUUGCAAUAUUAUUAUAGUUUUUGUAACCCAGCUGUAGGAAAGAUCUUUGUUAAAUUUUAUUAUUAAAUUCCUGCAAAGAAAGCUAAAUUCCAUCUAGCAGGUCGCACAUACAAUAAGAGAACUGUUAUUACUUCUUUUUAUCCUGAGGAACAAUUUGAUUAUAAGGAUUAUUUGAUAAAUGGAUGAUUGUUUGAGUGUAUG